AUGUCCACUGUAAAUACAAGAAAAAGAUGCCGGCCAGUUCUAGUUUGUAAUAAUUGUCAUAAAAAGAAAAAGAGAUGCGAUCGUAAUCUUCCAUGUGCUAACUGUAUUAAGUUAAAUAUUGAUGAUACUUGUUCUUAUGACAGUCAAAAAGAGGAUGUGCUGGAAAGAAAGAAGUUGAGUCCUUUUGAAUCAACAGAAUACAUAGAGAAACAAACGGUACCCUUUGAAUCAUCAGUGAACCAUAAAAUUGAAAGACUAAGUAACAAGAUCAAUGAGCUAGAGGCCUCGAUAACUAUAGCCACAUUACACAGUGAUAAAGCCUCCAAUAAUCACAUAGGCGAUAAAUUUAAAAUUGGAAACCGAAAUAGCUCUCUAACCAAAUUGAAAGCAUCAAAAUAUACUCCUGACUCAUCAAAUUCAUUUUUAUUUAUAGGGACAAACCCGGUUGAAGAAGGCGAACAUAUAAUCAAUUUUCUUGCUACAUUUCAUGGGACUUCUAAUGGCAUUGUAAAUGCGCAAGUUUCUCCUCUUGGGCCUUUGCGUUUUCUUGUCCUUCUGAGACAAGAUCCCUGUGGAAACAUGACUAGGAAAUUUUUACUAGCGCAUUCACUGAAGACAUCAACAUCGGGAGGUACAAAGGACCAAAUUCUAUGUUCACCAAAUGAAGAACUAGAACAAAAGUCACGUAAUUUUUACGGUACCAGUUACAUUAAAAGGAUAAAAAAACAACCUUCAAUAGCUGAUACUGCGGAAAUGAAGAAUGCUAUAUCGAACUUUAGUCUUAAGUUAGGAGUAUGCAUUUUUUCAGGAGAGAAAUUAUGUAAUUAUAGCUGUUUAUCGGACCAAAUAAAGCACGCUUUACCGAAUAGAGAAAUACUUAGUUUACUUGUUGAUAGGUUUUUUGAUUCUUUGUAUCCAUUUUUCCCAGUAUUAGAUGAACAAAGCUUUAAAUCCGACGUUUCUGGAAUCAUUGGUGGUGAUAUUGACAACCAUUUCCACGAGAUUAUUGAUAUUAUUAAGUUGGAAAAUUUAAAAGAUCUAGCCACUUCAGCAACUUUAUUAAUCGUUUUAAGAUUAAGUUAUUUAUCUUUGUUUAGUAAUAAUGUGCAGAUGAAUGAAUUUAGGUUGAACUCGAAAGAAGGUACAGGAGAUUGUCCUAAAAUGAAAUUCCUAUUGAACAACCCUAUCCCAUUGGAAACAUUGAAUGUAGCUGAGUUAUGCAUUAGCGAAUUCGAAUGGAUUAAGAAACCAAGUUUGGAAGUUUUUCAAGCAUUGGCCAUGAUUCAGAUUUAUAGAACAAACGCUCCAGAGGAGGAUACAUUUAGAAGAUUUGAAUCUGCGAUUAGUGUUGGGAAUUUAUAUCAGAUGGCCAAGACGUUGAUUUUGAAUCGGGAUCCAGAUUGUCUUCUGUAUAUUUAUGAAAAAAAAAUGGAUGAAGGAACAAAGAUGUUAAAGCGAAGAUUAUGGUACUAUUUAAUAAUUGCGGACAUUGAAGAUUCAAUAGUUUAUGGCACCCCUAUUUAUACAACAGAACAGGAUUUUGAUACAAAGCCUCCAUUUAUUCCACAAGAUGCCCAAACAAAUUUUUAUGAGGGUAGAGAACGCUCGCUUAUUUCGAGUAUUAAUAGUCUACAUCCCGUUAUCAUGGUCGUUCAUACGAUCCUUGAAAUGAUAUACAAAGUUAAGUCGGAUAUGAAUAUUUCGAUUUUAGCUAAAUAUUUAUCUAAUCUUGAGAUUUUGGUGCAAGAUAUCCUUGGAACUUUCAAUGAUUAUCUUAUUAUCGAUAAUAAAUACAAAUGCAAAACUUUGAAGAUACAAAAAUUUCGAUUGUACAUGUAUUGUAAGAUAAUGUUGCUGUAUAUUUACUAUGCCUUUUAUUUGUAUUAUGAGGAAAAGGAGAACAUUCACUUGAGUUUAUUUUACUUAAAGAAACUGAUCGCCAUUAUUUUCUGCGAAAUGGCAGGUGUUUCUAAGGAAUUUUUAUACAUGGCUGAUACAUAUUUCGGAUCAGCAUUUGCAUUGACUGUUACACCUAUUCUUCAAGUUUUUAAUAGAAUGGAAGCUGUGCUAUUUCAAUUUCAAAUUAGAUUAAAUUGCACACAAAGAUUGGUAAAAAACAAUUCACUUGCCAAGGAGGCACUUGGUUCAGUUCAAGAUGAUUCGUAUAUUCAGCGUUUAAAUAAUUUACGUCAUCUUUUUAAAGCUUUUGAGACUCCAAAUGGCGAUUUUAUUUCAACUUUGAGUAGCCGCUACUACUUUUCGUGGAGAGUAAAAUCUCUCCUGAAAGGACCAAAUAUACUUUUUGAUGGUGUCAUAAGUAUUCUAGAUGAAUCAACUACUAAUAGCGCAGCUCUAAGAUAUUCGUUAAUUGAGUUGUGUGAUCUAGAAAGUUUAUUAAGUGUUUGUCUUAGCAUGAAAACUCAGACCAAUCUUGCCCAGCUAAAAAAUACAAAUCUUGACGACACAGUUAGUAAUGAUAUUAAUCGGGGAUUAUCUGAAUCAGAAAGGUGCAUAUUGAAUGACAUGCAAGUUGAUAGAUUGUGGAAGGUACUAGAUCUAUACCGAGAAGAGUUGAAUGAUACUACAUCACAAAAUUGCUUUUCCAGGAUUGGAAAGAAAGGACCCUCUGUUGAUAAAAACUUUUCGUUGGCCCAAGGUUCUGACGCAAUAGCUAACAUUGACAUUGAUUCUCUCCAUGGAUACACAAUUUAUAAAGACUUCUCAUUCGAUGAUUUUUUUUUUGAUGCCAAUCUUACUACAAGUUUUGACUAA